ACUAUGAUAAUCAUAAUGCAGGUUCUGAGUGAAGAUUUGCAAGGAGGCUGCUAGAUGCCAACACGGUAUGGCGACAGCAAUGUGCCCAGAUUCUAGUCCCUCGCGCAGGGGCUGCUGGGACGGGAUUGGGGAGCUGUGCUACUGCUGGUGCUGCUGCUGAGCGGGAGGCGGCGGCGGAUGUGCUGCAGCUGCUGCUACCACCGGAGGGGAGAGCCAAACCGGUGGGAUGACUGAUCUGUUCUCAUUGAAUUCGUAAACGGAACAAAAGAAAAUGGCAUUCGUACCACCAUCAGGGCCCACCGUGGUCGACCAGACCACCCUAAUGAAAAAAUACCUCCAGUUUGUGGCUGCAUUAACAGAUGUCAACACACCGGAUGAAACCAAGUUGAAAAUGAUGCAGGAGGUUAGCGAAAACUUUGAGAAUGUCACCACCUCAGCCCAAUACUCCACCUUCCUGGAGCACAUCAUCCCGCGGUUUCUCACUUUCCUGCAAGAUGGAGAAGUUCAGUUCCUUCAGGAGAAACCUGCUCAGCAAUUAAGGAAACUAGUCUUAGAAAUAAUCCACCGGAUCCCUACCAAUGAACAUCUGCGGACCCACACCAAAAACAUUCUGUCCGUCAUGUUCCGAUUCCUGGAGACUGAGAAUGAGGAGAACGUGCUGAUCUGUCUGAGAAUCAUCAUUGAGCUACACAAGCAGUUCAGGCCGCCUAUCACUCAGGAGAUUCAUCAUUUUUUAGACUUCGUGAGACAGAUUUAUAAAGAGCUUCCAAAGGUUGUGAACCGCUACUUUGAGAACCCUCCAGUGAUUCCGGAAAACACUGUUCCUGCUCCUGAAAUGGUCGGCAUGAUUUCCACCAUUGUAGUCAAAGUUAACCCGGAGCGAGAUGACAGUGAAACUAGAACGCAUACAAUCAUCCCAAAGGGUUCCCUCUCCCUUAAGGUGCUGGCGGAGCUGCCAAUAAUAGUUGUCCUCAUGUACCAGUUGUACAAAUUAAACAUUCACAAUGUGGUGUCAGAGUUUGUGCCGUUGAUAAUGAAUACCAUAGUUACCCAGGUCUCCAGCAAUGCCAGGCAACAUAAGCUGUACAAUAAAGAACUCUACGCUGACUUCAUCGCAGCCCAGAUCAAAACGUUGUCAUUUUUGGCGUACAUCAUUAGAAUCUAUCAGGACACCGUAGCGAAACAUUCCCAGCAAAUGGUUAAAGGCAUGCUGCAACUGUUGACCAACUGCCCCCCUGAAACGGCCCACCUCCGGAAAGAGCUGCUGAUUGCCGCCAAGCACAUUCUCAGUACGGAUUUGAGAAGCCAAUUUAUCCCCUGCAUGGACAAGCUGUUUGAUGAAUCGAUUCUCAUUGGCUCUGGAUAUACAGCCCGGGAGACCCUCCGACCUCUGGCAUACAGCACACUAGCAGACCUUGUACAUCACGUCCGACAGCACCUUCCACUGACUGACUUGUCACUCGCCGUUCAGCUCUUUGCUAAAAAUAUUGAUGAUGAAUCGAUACCUAGCAGCAUCCAGACUAUGUCCUGCAAGCUUCUGCUCAACCUGGUGGAUUGUAUACGCUCAAAGAGUGAACAGGAGAACGGGAACGGGCGUGACAUUCUAAUGAGAAUGUUGGAGGUAUUUGUUCUAAAAUUCCACACCAUCGCCCGCUAUCAGUUAUCUGCCAUUUUCAAAAAGUGUAAGCCCCAAUCUGAGCUCUGUACAGCCGAUGCCAUUUUAGCCAGCGUCCCUCCGACCACUCCCGCCAAUGCAUUGCCAGCCGCCCCCUCCACCCCUCUGACCCAGGUGCCUCUCAUGGUGUUUGACAAACAAGGCGAGAAAGACAAAGAGGACAAGCAAACCUUCCAAGUGACAGACUGCCGGAGCUUGGUUAAGACAUUAGUGUGCGGAGUGAAGACCAUCACGUGGGGCAUUACAUCUUGCAAAGCACCUGGCGAAGCCCAGUUUGUUCCGAACAAGCAACUGCAACCCAAAGAGACCCAGAUUUAUAUCAAGCUUGUGAAAUAUGCCAUGCAAGCGCUAGACAUAUACCAGGUCCAGAUAGCUGGGAAUGGACAAACCUACAUCCGAGUCGCCAACUGCCAGACUGUGCGGAUGAAAGAGGAGAAGGAGGUCCUGGAACACUUUGCUGGGGUUUUUACGAUGAUGAACCCUUUGACCUUCAAGGAAAUCUUUCAGACAACUGUUCCAUACAUGGUGGAGAGGAUCUCCAAAAACUAUGCACUCCAGAUUGUUGCCAAUUCCUUCUUGGCGAACCCCACCACGUCCGCUCUCUUUGCUACAAUCCUGGUGGAGUAUUUGCUGGAGAGGCUUCCGGAGAUGGGUUCCAAUGUGGAGCUGUCCAACUUGUACCUCAAGCUGUUCAAGCUGGUGUUUGGCUCGGUUUCCCUGUUUGCUGCAGAUAAUGAGCAAAUGCUUAAGCCACAUUUGCACAAAAUUGUGAACAGCUCAAUGGAGCUUGCCCAGACUGCCAAGGAACCGUACAAUUAUUUCCUGCUGCUCCGGGCACUCUUCAGGUCUAUUGGCGGAGGCAGUCAUGAUCUUCUGUAUCAGGAGUUUUUACCGUUGCUGCCCAAUCUCUUGCAAGGGUUGAACAUGUUACAAAGCGGCCUGCACAAGCAGCACAUGAAGGAUCUAUUUGUGGAGCUAUGUCUCACUGUGCCUGUCCGGCUGAGUUCUCUUCUACCAUACCUCCCCAUGCUGAUGGAUCCUUUAGUGUCGGCUCUAAAUGGCUCCCAGACUUUAGUAAGUCAGGGUUUGAGGACCUUGGAGCUCUGUGUGGACAACCUGCAGCCUGAUUUCCUCUAUGACCACAUUCAGCCUGUCCGUGCUGAGCUUAUGCAGGCACUGUGGCGGACCCUACGCAAUCCAUCAGACAGCAUUUCCCAUGUGGCGUACAGAGUGCUAGGAAAAUUUGGAGGGAGCAAUAGGAAAAUGCUGAAGGAAUCGCAGAAGCUACAGUAUAUUGUAACUGAAAUACAAGGGCCCAGCAUUACUGUGGAGUUUGCCGACUGCAAGGCUUCUCUUCAGCUUCCAAUGGAAAAGGCCAUCGAGACAGCCUUGGAUUGUUUGAAAAGCGCAAACACUGAGCCGUACUAUCGGAGGCAGGCUUGGGAAGUGAUCAAGUGUUUCCUAGUGGCGAUGAUGAGUUUGGAUGAUAAUAAGCAUGCCUUGUACCAGCUCCUGGCACAUCCAAAUUUCACAGAAAAGUCUAUCCCCAGUGUCAUCAUUUCACAUCGUUACAAAGCACAGGACACGCCAGCCCGCAAGACCUUUGAGCAGGCCUUAACUGGAGCCUUCAUGUCUGCUGUCAUCAAGGACCUGAGACCUAGUGCUCUUCCAUUUGUUGCCAGCCUAAUCCGCCAUUACACUAUGGUCGCUGUAGCUCAGCAAUGUGGACCGUUCCUUUUGCAGUGUUACCAGGUUGGCAGCCAGCCCAGUACGGCCAUGUUUCACAGUGAGGAGAAUGGCUCAAAGGGAAUGGAUCCGCUUGUACUGAUUGAUGCCAUAGCGAUUUGCAUGGCCUACGAAGAGAAGGAGCUGUGCAAGAUAGGAGAAGUUGCUUUAGCUGUGAUAUUUGAUGUUGCCAGCAUCAUCCUUGGAUCAAAAGAAAGGGCUUGCCAGCUUCCGUUGUUCUCUUACAUUGUGGAGCGUCUCUGUGCCUGCUGCUACGAGCAAGCUUGGUAUGCAAAGCUCGGCGGAGUGGUCUCAAUUAAGUUUCUGAUGGAACGCCUUCCUCUGAUUUGGGUGCUUCAGAAUCAACAAACGUUUCUAAAAGCCCUUCUCUUCGUCAUGAUGGACUUGACUGGAGAGGUUUCAAACGGAGCUGUUGCCAUGGCAAAGACAACUCUGGAGCAACUUUUGAUCCGUUGUGCAACUCCGCUGAAAGACGAGGAGAAAACGGAAGACAUCACAAAUGCACAGGAGAAAUCCUUCCACCUGGUGACACAUGAUCUUGUGCGUGAAGUCACCUCACCCAACCCUACUGUCAGGAAGCAAGCAAUGCAUUCUCUGCAGGUCCUGGCACAAGUGACUGGCAAAGGUGUCACCAUGAUAAUGGAACCCCAUAAAGAGGUUUUGCAAGACAUGGUCCCUCCAAAGAAACAUCUCCUGCGACACCAGCCAGCUAACGCCCAGAUCGGGCUGAUGGAAGGCAACACCUUCUGCACCACACUGCAGCCCAGGCUGUUCACUAUGGACCUGAAUGUUGUGGAGCACAAAGUCUUUUACUCCGAGCUCCUAAACCUCUGUGAGGCUGAAGAUGCAACACUUAUGAAGCUGCCAUGCUAUAAGAGCCUCUCUUCCCUUGUACCACUGCGAAUUGCUGCUUUAAAUGCCUUAGCAGCGUGCAAUUAUUUGCCACAGUCCAGAGAGAAAAUCAUUGCGGCACUCUUCAAAGCCCUUAACUCUACAAACAAUGAGCUUCAAGAGGCUGGAGAAGCCUGUAUGAGAAAGUUCUUGGAGGGUGCCACCAUUGAAGUGGACCAGAUUCAUACACACAUGAGACCGCUUCUGAUGAUGCUGGGAGAUUACCGCAGCCUGACCCUUAAUGUUGUUAACCGGUUGACCUCUGUCACGCGACUUUUCCCGAACUCCUUCAACGAUAAAUUCUGUGAUCAGAUGAUGCAACACCUGCGUAAAUGGAUGGAAGUUGUGGUGAUUACCCACAAAGGAGGACAAAGGAGUGAGGGAAAUCCUGCCGUGGAAGGGGUAGAGGAAAUGAAGAUUUGUUCUGCAAUUAUUAAUCUCUUUCACCUUAUUCCGGCUGCCCCUCAGACCUUGGUUAAGCCGUUGUUGGAAGUAGUAAUGAAGACUGAACGAGCUAUGCUGAUUGAGGCUGGAAGUCCCUUCAGAGAACCUUUGAUAAAGUUUCUUACCCGUCAUCCAUCUCAGACGGUGGAGCUCUUCAUGAUGGAAGCUACACUGAAUGACCCACAGUGGAGUCGAAUGUUCAUGAGUUUUUUAAAACACAAGGAUGCCAAACCACUGCGAGAUGUGCUGGCAGCUAACCCCAACCGCUUCAUUACUCUUCUGUUGCCUGGCGUGACUCAAACCUCUGUCAGGCCUGGCUCCCCUAGCACCAGCACUAGCACAAUGCGACUUGACCUCCAGUUCCAAGCAAUCAAGAUAAUCAGCAUUAUAGUGAAGAACGAUGAGAGCUGGCUGGCUAAUCAGCAUUCUCUGGUAAGCCACUUACGUCGCGUGUGGGUGAGUGAUGCUUUCCAAGAGCGCCAUCGGAAAGACAACAUGGUGGCAACCAAUUGGAAGGAGCCCAAACUGCUUGCCUUCUGCCUCCUCAACUACUGCAAGCGAAAUUUUGGAGACAUUGAAUUACUAUUCCAGCUCCUUCGAGCUUUCACAGGCCGUUUUCUGUGCAACAUGACUUUCCUAAAAGAGUACAUGGAGGAAGAGAUUCCAAAGAACUACAGUAUUGCCCAGAAGAGGGCGCUCUUCUUCCGCUUUGUUGAAUUCAGUGAUUCCAACUUUGGAGAUGAACUGAAAGCCAAGGUUCUUCAGCAUAUCCUGAACCCGGCUUUUCUAUACAGCUUUGAGAAAAAUGAAGGGGAGCAGCUUUUAGGACCACCCAACCCUGAAGGUGACAAUCAGGAUAGCAUCACCAGUGUGUUUAUUACCAAGGUGUUAGACCCUGAGAAACAGACAGAUAUGCUAGACUCGCUCAGGAUUUACCUCUUGCAGUUUGCCACGCUUCUGGUGGAACAUGCUCCACAUCACAUCCAUGACAAUAACAAAAACCGGAACAGCAAACUAAGGCGUCUCAUGACAUUCGCCUGGCCGUGUCUGCUAUCAAAAGCUUGCGUAGACCCAGCUUGCAAGUACAGUGGACAUCUGCUCCUGGCCCACAUCAUCUCAAAGUUUGCCAUACAUAAGAAGAUUGUUUUGCAGGUUUUCCACAGCCUGUUAAAAGCACAUGCAAUGGAAGCAAGGGCCAUUGUCCGCCAAGCAAUGGCUAUCCUAACUCCUGCAGUGCCUGCACGUAUGGAAGAUGGACAUCAGAUGUUGACUCACUGGACCCGGAAGAUAAUUGUAGAGGAGGGACACACCGUACCCCAACUGGUUCACAUUCUGCAUUUAAUAGUGCAGCAUUUUAAGGUUUACUAUCCUGUGCGGCAUAAUCUGGUUCAACACAUGGUCAGUGCGAUGCAGCGUCUGGGGUUCACUCCCAGUGUUACAAUUGAGCAGAGGAAAUUGGCUGUUGACCUGGCAGAGGUGAUCAUCAAAUGGGAAUUGCAGCGGAUAAAGGACCAGCCUGAUUCUGACAUGGAUGUGAAUGGCAGCAGUGAUUCUGGGAGCUCUAGUACAGGUGGUGUGAAGAGGGGGCUGACCGUCGAUACCAGCCAAGAUGUGAAGCGGUUCCGAACAGCCGCAGGGACAAUAAGUGCCGUUUUCGGCCGCAGCCAGUCGCUCCCAGGGGCAGAUGCUGUUAUUACCAAGGCCAUAGAGAAGCAGCACACUGAUACUGUAGUGAACUUCCUCAUUAGGAUAGCUUGCCAGGUGAAUGACAACUCAAAUACAGCCGGCUCACCUGGAGAGCUUCUAUCUCGACGCUGUGUCAAUCUCCUGAAGACUGCCCUGCGCGCUGACAUGUGGCCUAAGUCUGAGCUGAAACUGCAGUGGUUUGAUAAACUUCUAAUGACUGUGGAACAGCCCACCCAAGCCAAUUUUGCCAACAUUUGUACAGGGCUGGAGGUGCUGAGUUUCCUGCUCACUGUGCUGCAGAAUCCUGGCAUUCUCAGCAGCUUCAAACCUCUGCAGAGGGGAAUCUCAGCAUGCAUGACCUGUGGGAACACGAAGGUCCUACGAGCCGUCCAUACUCUACUGUCCCGGCUGAUGAGUAUCUUUCCUACUGAGCCCAGUAGCUCAAGUGUUGCUUCCAAAUAUGAAGAACUGGAGUGCUUAUACGCGGCUGUGGGCAAAGUCAUUUAUGAAGGUCUUACUAAUUAUGAAAAAGCUACAAACGCAAACCCAUCACAGCUAUUUGGUACACUAAUGAUCUUGAAGUCGGCCUGCAGCAACAACCCCAGCUAUAUUGACAGACUUAUAUCCGUUUUCAUGCGCUCCCUACAGAAGAUGGUGAGGGAGCAUUUGAACCCACAGGCUACUCCCGGGACAGCUGAAGCCAAUCCAGCGGGCACCAGUGAGCUGGUGAUGCUGAGUCUGGACCUGGUGAAAACGCGCUUGGCAGUGAUGAGCAUGGAAAUGAGGAAAAACUUUAUUCAGAACAUACUGACUUCCCUCAUCGAAAAAUCCCCCGAUGCAAAAAUUCUCCGAGCUGUGGUAAAAAUAGUGGAGGAGUGGCUGAAAAACAACACCCCUAUGGCAGCCAAUCAGACUCCUACACUUCGGGAGAAAUCCAUUUUGCUGGUGAAAAUGAUGACCUACAUAGAGAAGCGCUUUCCGGAGGACCUUGAGUUAAAUGCACAGUUUUUGGAGCUUGUUAAUUACGUUUACAGAGAUGAGAACCUUUCUGGGAGUGAACUUACCGCCAAGCUGGAGCCGGCUUUCCUGUCGGGACUGCGCUGUGCGCAGCCCAACAUCCGAGCAAAAUUCUUUGAGGCCUUUGACACCUCCAUGAAGCGUCGCGUGUAUGAUCGACUGCUCUACGUCACAUGUUCGCAGAACUGGGAAGCGAUGGGCAACCAUUUCUGGAUUAAGCAGUGUAUUGAGCUCCUACUAGCCGUCUGUGAGAAGAACACUACAAUUGGCACAAGCUGCCAGGGCUCCAUGCUCCCAUCUAUCACUAAUGUCAUCAAUCUAGCAGACAGUCACGAACGGGCAGCGUUUGCUAUGGUAACGCACGUCAAGCAGGAACCAAGGGAGAGAGAAAACAGCGAAUCCAAGGAAGAGGACGUUGAAAUUGAUAUUGAGCUUGCUCCAGGUGAUCAAAGCACCAACCCCAAAACUAAAGAGCAAUCUGAAAAAGACAUUGGCAAUCAGCUACACAUGUUGACCAACAGACACGACAAAUUCCUGGACUCGCUACGUGAGGUUAAGACGGGAGCCCUGUUAAGUGCCUUUGUCCAGUUGUGCCAUAUUUCAACUCCCUUGGCAGAGAAGAUUUGGAUCCAACUUUUCCCCAGAUUGUGGAAAAUACUUUCUGACCGCCAGCAGCAUGCAUUGGCUGGGGAAAUCAGUCCGUUCCUUUGCAGCGGAAGCCACCAGGUGCAGAGAGAUUGUCAGCCGAGCGCCUUGAACUGUUUUGUAGAGGCCAUGUCUCAGUGCGUGCCACCAAUCCCCAUCAGACCUUGUGUGCUGAAGUACUUGGGGAAGACGCACAAUUUGUGGUUCCGCUCCACGCUUAUGCUGGAGCAUCAAGCGUUCGAGAAAGGCCUCAGUCUUCAGAUCAAACCGAAGCAGACAAGCGAAUUUUAUGAACAAGAGAGUAUCACCCCACCCCAGCAAGAGAUCCUUGAUUCUUUGGCAGAAUUAUAUUCUCUCCUCCAAGAGGAAGACAUGUGGGCUGGUUUGUGGCAGAAGCGCUGCAAGUUUCCAGAAACCGCAACCGCUAUUGCAUAUGAGCAGCAUGGCUUCUUUGAGCAGGCCCAAGAAACACACGAAAAAGCAAUGGAAAAGGCCAAAAAAGAACAUGAAAGGAACAAUGCAUCUCCAGCUGUUUUCCCCGAAUAUCAGUUAUGGGAAGAUCACUGGAUUCGAUGCUCUAAAGAGCUGAACCAAUGGGAGGCACUGACAGAAUACGGCCAAUCAAAAGGCCACAUCAAUCCAUACCUCGUCCUUGAAUGCUCUUGGCGUGUGUCUAAUUGGACAGCUAUGAAAGAAGCCCUCGUACAGGUGGAGCUGAGUUGCCCAAAGGAGAUGGCAUGGAAAGUGAACAUGUACCGGGGCUACUUGGCCAUUUGUCACCCUGAGGAGCAGCAAUUGAACUUCAUAGAACGACUGGUUGAGAUGGCGAGCAGCUUGGCAAUCCGUGAAUGGCGGAGACUUCCAUAUGUCGUGUCUCAUGUUCAUACGCCUUUAUUACAGGCAGCGCAGCAAAUCAUUGAACUGCAGGAAGCCGCUCAGAUUAAUGCAGGUUUACAACCAACCAACCUAGGUCGGAACAACAGCCUCCAUGACAUGAAAACAGUGGUGAAAACCUGGAGGAACCGACUGCCCAUUGUAUCAGAUGACCUGUCUCACUGGAGCAGCAUCUUCAUGUGGCGUCAGCACCAUUACCAAGCUAUAGUGAAUGCCUAUGACAACAGCACUCAACAUGACCCAAGCUCCAACAAUGCAAUGCUGGGAGUACAUGCUUCUGCCUCUGCUAUCAUCCAAUAUGGCAAAAUUGCCAGAAAGCAAGGACUGGUUAAUGUAGCUUUGGACAUUCUGAGCCGCAUCCACACCAUCCCCACAGUGCCUAUUGUGGACUGUUUCCAGAAGAUCCGACAGCAGGUCAAAUGCUACCUUCAGCUGGCUGGAGUCAUGGGAAAGAACGAAUGUAUGCAGGGUUUGGAGGUGAUCGAAUCAACCAACUUGAAAUACUUCACCAAGGAGAUGACUGCCGAGUUCUAUGCAUUGAAGGGAAUGUUCCUCGCUCAGAUUAACAAAUCUGAAGAUGCAAACAAGGCCUUUUCUGCUGCUGUCCAGAUGCACGACGUCCUUGUCAAGGCCUGGGCCAUGUGGGGUGACUACUUAGAGAAUAUUUUUGUUAAGGAGCGCCAGCUGCAUCUGGGCGUGUCGGCCAUUACCUGCUACCUCCAUGCUUGCCGCCACCAAAAUGAGAGCAAGUCUAGGAAAUAUUUGGCAAAAGUUCUCUGGCUCCUGAGCUUUGAUGAUGAUAAAAACACUCUAGCGGAUGCAGUUGAUAAGUAUUGUAUUGGGGUUCCACCUAUCCAGUGGUUGGCAUGGAUUCCGCAGCUUCUCACCUGUUUAGUGGGCUCAGAAGGCAAGCUCCUCCUUAAUCUCAUCAGCCAGGUUGGCAGAGUAUACCCCCAGGCUGUGUACUUCCCCAUCCGAACUCUCUAUCUAACACUGAAGAUCGAGCAGAGGGAACGUUACAAGAGUGACUCUGGACAGCACCAGCCAAGUUCAGUAGGCACUCAGUCACAUUCUGCCUCUGAUCCAGGGCCCAUCAGAGCUACGGCGCCGAUGUGGAGGUGCAGCCGAAUCAUGCACAUGCAGAGAGAGCUACAUCCCACUUUGCUGUCAUCAUUGGAAGGCAUCGUAGACCAGAUGGUGUGGUUCCGAGAGAACUGGCAUGAAGAGGUCCUCCGACAAUUGCAGCAAGGCCUGGCGAAAUGUUACUCUGUUGCCUUUGAGAAGAGUGGAGCUGUUUCGGAUGCUAAAAUCACCCCCCACACGCUGAACUUUGUGAAGAAGCUGGUCAGCACCUUCGGCGUGGGACUGGAAAACGUCUCUAAUGUUUCUACCAUGUUCUCCAGCGCAGCCUCCGAGUCACUGGCUCGGAGAGCUCAGGCUACGGCACAAGACCCUGUCUUUCAGAAGCUGAAAAGCCAGUUCACAACAGACUUUGACUUCAGCGUCCCAGGCUCCAUGAAGCUGCACAAUCUCAUCUCUAAGCUGAAGAAGUGGAUCAAAAUCCUGGAGGCCAAAACCAAACAGCUGCCCAAGUUCUUCCUCAUAGAAGAGAAAUGUCGCUUCCUCAGCAAUUUCUCUGCUCAGACAGCAGAAGUUGAGAUUCCCGGGGAGUUCCUCAUGCCAAAACCAACACAUUAUUACAUUAAGAUCGCUAGAUUCAUGCCCAGAGUAGAGAUUGUACAAAAGCACAACACCGCAGCCCGAAGACUCUACAUCCGAGGGCACAACGGAAAGAUUUAUCCCUAUCUGGUCAUGAACGAUGCGUGUUUGACGGAGUCCCGCAGAGAGGAGCGGGUUCUACAGCUGCUGCGUCUUCUCAAUCCAUGUCUAGAGAAGAGAAAAGAAACCACAAAACGCCAUCUUUUCUUCACCGUCCCCCGUGUUGUGGCCGUCUCGCCGCAGAUGCGUCUGGUUGAAGACAAUCCCUCUUCUCUAUCCUUGGUGGAGAUCUAUAAGCAGCGCUGUGCCAAGAAAGGCAUCGAGCAUGACAACCCCAUUUCACGUUACUAUGACAGAUUGGCCACAGUUCAAGCACGAGGGACACAAGCCAGUCAUCAGGUCCUGCGUGACAUCCUGAAGGAAGUACAAAGUAACAUGGUGCCACGCAGUAUGCUGAAGGAGUGGGCGCUGCACACAUUCCCCAAUGCCACAGACUACUGGACCUUCAGGAAGAUGUUUACCAUCCAACUGGCUUUGAUCGGCUUUGCAGAAUUUGUCUUUCAUUUGAAUAGGCUGAAUCCAGAGAUGUUACAGAUUGCACAGGACACUGGCAAGCUUAAUGUUGCCUACUUCCGCUUCGAUAUCAAUGACGCCACUGGAGACCUAGAUGCCAAUCGCCCUGUCCCGUUUCGGCUGACCCCAAAUAUUUCCGAGUUUCUCACUACGAUUGGAGUGUCUGGUCCACUGACAGCUUCAAUGAUUGCUGUCGCUCGUUGCUUUGCGCAGCCAAAUUUCAAGGUUGACGGCAUCCUUAAAACGGUUCUGAGGGAUGAAAUUAUUGCCUGGCACAAGAAGACACAAGAAGAUACCUCUUCUCCGUUAUCGCCGGCCGGGCAGCCUGAAAACAUGGACAGCCAGCAGCUGGUUUCGCUGGUUCAGAAAGCGGUUACGGCCAUCGUUACCCGGUUGCACAAUCUGGCUCAGUUUGAUGGCGGGGAGAGUAAAGUUAACACAUUAGUAGCCGCAGCCAACAGCCUGGAUAAUUUGUGCCGCAUGGAUCCUGCAUGGCACCCCUGGUUAUAAUAGCUUGUAUAUAUUGUUCUUAAACCCUUUACUACAAACAGAGACCCUCUUUGGUACCGUGAGGAUGAUGAACUAUGCUGUGAGGGUUUUUUUUUGUUUUUUUUUAAAGCUGUGAAGUAUGAGAAUAUAUAUAUUUUUUUUUUAUGUUCAUUUGUUGCUUUGUACAACUUCUGUGUUGUGCCUUGUUACUGAACUAGCCAUCCUUUAAACCAAGCACAUCCUCUGGUACUGCCACUGCUUAAGGUUCCUGAAAAGUAGUUUUGUGUGGGUUAUACUACAAUUGUAAAAUAGAUGGUGGGCUUUUUAGGGACCGUCUACUGGUCUCUAACGAAGCUAAUCAUGUUUACAGAAAAUUUUGCAUGACUUUAAGUUUUUUACAGAGAAAAUUGGUUUUCUUCAAGUUUAAAUACAUUUCAAAGGAUAGACAUCUACAGCGGAUGAAAAACCGCAAAGGGACCCUGUACAGACACACAAUAAUUCUUUAUUCCCUUGCUAUUGCGAUCUCACAUUAUAUGGACUAGGGAAACAAUAAAAUCAUAUGUGUUGUAAUGUUUUAUACCUUUUAAUAGUGGCACAUCUACAAAUCUGUAAUGGUUGCGGACCAUGCAGCUUUCAUACGUCUUUGCUUUAAAAAUUAACUGUUAUUGCUAAGAUGAAGUUAAUUUCUUCCAAAUGUCUUCUUUUUUUUUUCUUUUCUUCUUCUUCUUCUUCUCAAGACUGGCCUGUACAAAAUAAUAUAUCAUGUAUAGAUUUUUUUCCUGUUACAUAAAGUUCUGUAAAGUUGUACUGUCCGAGCCACAAGUCUUUUCUGAGCAAGCAAAAGCCAUUUGUUAUGUGAAUGUACAUUGCUGGAGCAAAUGCAGCAGCACUGCAGAAUUCAGAUCUACACAAUGUGGAAACUUGUUUUAUUUUCAAUGUUGCUUUGUUUACUGGAGAAAUGAUUAUAACUGAUAAUUAUUUUUGGUUAUCUUUGUAAUUUUUAAGGAAUGGCCGCGCUUCUGUCAUUCUUCGCAAUGAGCUGUUUUAUAAAUGCCCAGUAUUAAGAGAAUUCAUUCUUAAAAGGUAUUUGUACAUCAGUUUUCAAAAUAAAUAUUUUGGAAAAUGC